CUAAUCUAGAUCUAAAUUAGUUUGACAUCGACGAGGACUUCCACAUUUUCAAGUUUGUUUUGAAAGUUAUUUUGCAUCACUCUUCUGUAUCCAAAAACCAAGAACUUGAAUAGAAUGCUCCCUCUCUAUGAUUAAAGUUUUGUUUCUGGCCUUAGGAACAUUUUUGUUUCAAAAUGGCGGCCGCGGGAGGAAAAUAUGAUCUGACAUGUUUUGAAGAUUUCUGAUCAACAGAAUGCUGAUGUGUAUGGUCCUGAAAUUCCAAACUCAGUGCUAAUCCUGCUUGAUUUGGAAAAUUUAUGACUUUUUGCCCAAAUAAUAAGCAACUAUGUCUGUGAAAAGUUUAGAUGAGCUUGUGAACGUGACAGGUAAUGCUGUGAUGUCUUUAGACAGGUCAGGCUCCAGUAGUGGCGUUUCUGAGAAAAUACUUACCCAGUUUGUUGGCUCUGCUGGAAGCCCAUUUGAGUCUCCAAGGAGCCAGAGUUCUCAUAAAAGCUCCCAGAAAGAAUUUAAAAGUAAGGACAGUGGCAUUGAAAAGUCUGGUUCAAAGGUCACUGAAGUUGAGAAAAAAACAGCACAGACAUCAAUGGAAAAUGAUAAUCACGAUACCUCUGAAGAUGUUACUGAAAAUGAUAUCCAGAAUUCACGUGAAAAUGCUACCGUUAUUGAAAUAACACCAAUGCCACAGGGUGACAGGUUUUUCCCAUCGCAUCAAAGCUUUCCAAGAGGUCUUGAAUCUCAUGCCAAAAAAGGAAGUGAUGACACUGGUAAACAAGAUUCAAACCACUCUCAGGAAAUAGAUUGUGCAAAGUCACAUUCUGACAUCAUUGUUGAUGAUUUGGAUAGCAAAAAGAAUCAAACAAGGUUCAUGAGUCAGCAAAGACACAUCCGCAUAGAGAGACAUGGCGAAUUUACAAGCUCAUUUCAACAUGCAAACUCAAAAGCGAGUCAAGAAGCUUCUUCUGGUGGCAAAAAUUUCGUAGAAGAAGACAGGUUUUCUGCCAGUGAUGAACAGCCAGAGAUCAUUGAUGUACAUGAGCAAGUUGUGAUGACCUCAGGGAUGUCUGAGACAUCGGAGAAUGAUUCCACUGAAAAUGUGAUAGACACAGUAAUUGAAGCAAAUCAUCCUUUAGCAAGGGGGUCAGAAGAGAGGAUGGACACUAUUUUCAAGGCUCACAGUGCUCAUGGCUUAAAACAAGGGGCACUGAGUAGAGGCUCUGUGGAUCCCACAAAAGCUAGAGUCUUUGAUGAUGUCUACAUUUCCCAGUUUGGACUGUCAGACAGGCAAAGGGAUCUCAAAGAAGCUCUUGGAAAGAGGUCACAAAACAGUAAACCGAGGAAAAAGAUUGUACAGCCCCACAUAGUAGGGAGUCAGACUGGCAGUGAAACAGACAGUGACUUUGGAAUGGACCAAGUGACUGCUAGAACACGGGGUGCUGUGGAUGAAACUGCUGCAACUGCUGCUGUUGCUGCUUCAGCUGCUGUAGCAGCCACUCAGCCAUUCAUUAAGGCUCAGCAAGAGCUGGAGUCACGCAUGCAGCAGUUGUUGAGUCAGCUUGGAGGGCUUCAGGAACAGAAAGAUCUGAGUGCCCCCGCAGGGCUGAGUAGUGGUGGAGGAGACAGUCGGGUUGACGAUCUUGAGCGACAAGUGAAAGAACUCAAUGAAAGACGGCUGGAGCAUCUGGAAACCCUACAGCAACAGCAGCUGCAAAUGCAGGCUCAGUUGCUGAUGAUGUCCCGGUCGAAGAGCCCGAGUGACCGAAUGAUGGGUCAGUCACGCCGCCAGGUGUCACCCUCCAGACAGUUCCAGUCAAGCCGCAUACCACAGGCUGUGACAAAACGCAACAACGGCGUUUCUUUGGCCCAACAACAACCAGCACUUGCCGACCCAGACGUUCUGUUCCCCUACAAAUCAACGGUGACUCCCGCCAGCAAGCAGCAGCAGCCUCUGAUGUACAGCCGAGACCUGAUGGAAAAGCAGCGCAGUUAUCUUAACGAGGUUCGAGAGUUACAGGGGUCGCACCUGGACACGCCGGCGCCGAGACAAAAAGUACCGACACCAACGCCGUAUUUUCUUCCGGAGAACACGAGGAACAACCUGGGGUUUCUGGAGGAGCUCUUGGCCCACAAGCGCACACCCGAGAGAGACACCACCUUCAGCGUCAAGGGAGGCUACACUCCACCUUCUAAGCUGGAAAGAGACAU